CCAUCGGCGGGCGCCGCGGCGUGACGCCAUCGCGGCCGGUCCCGGCGCCGCUCCCGAUCCCGGUUCCCAUCCCGAUCCCGGCCCCCGACCCGUCAGGGCGGCUCGGGGCGGUCCGAUGCGGCGGCGGGCAGGAUGCACCAGAAGCUGCUGCGCAGCGCGCACUACAUCGAGCUGGGCAGCUACCAGUACUGGCCGGUGCUGGUGCCCCGCGGCAUCCGGCUGUACACGUACGAGCAGAUCCCGGUGUUCCUGAAGGACAACCCCUACAUCACCGAUGGAUACCGCGCCUACCUGCCCUCCCGCCUCUGCAUCAAGAGCCUCUUCAUCCUCUCCAACGAGACCGUCAACAUCUGGAGCCACCUGCUCGGCUUCCUGCUCUUCUUCACGCUGGGCAUCUACGACCUGACGGCCGUGCUGCCGGCGGCCGGCGCCUCCCGCGAAGACUUCGUCAUCUGCUCCGUCUGCCUCUUCUGUUUCCAGGUCUGCAUGCUUUGCUCAGUCGGAUACCACCUGUUCUGCUGUCACCGCUCUGAGAAGACCAGCCGGCGCUGGAUGGCGCUGGAUUAUGCAGGCAUUUCCAUCGGGAUCCUGGGCUGCUACGUGUCAGGCGUGUUCUAUGCCUUCUACUGCAGUAACUACUGGCGCCAGGUGUAUUUGAUCACUGUGCUGGCCAUGAUCCUGGCAGUGUUUUUUGCUCAAAUCCACCCCAGUUACCUCACACAGCAGUGGCACAGGCUGCGCUCCAUCAUCUUCUGCUCCGUGUCUGGCUAUGGAAUCAUUCCCACCAUCCACUGGGUUUGGCUCAAUGGUGGCGUUGGUGCAUCCAUUGUACAGGAGUUUGCUCCGCGGGUAUUUGUCAUGUACUUCAUCGCUGCUGUAGCUUUUCUCUUCUAUAUUUCCAAAGUUCCAGAAAGAUACUUCCCAGGCCAGCUGAACUACCUCGGCUCGAGCCACCAAGUGUGGCACAUCCUGGCAGUGGUGAUGCUGUAUUGGUGGCACCAGUCCACAGUGUACAUCAUGCAGUACCGACACAGCAAACCCUGCCCCGAGUACAGCACGGACUUGUGAGCCAAGAAGCAGCACGAGAGGAUUUGUGACUGCGGGUCUGGACCUCAUGUGAAGAGCUGUGCUGUCAAGGACUGAGGCAGCUCCUUUCUUGACUCCUGGACUGUUAACCCCUUGCUGGGACAGAGUGUUACUGCAAGCUUCGAUAAACGCAGCAGCACUGCCUGGGGUCGGAGGGGCAUUUCCUUCUCAGUCAGUUCCUGCCCUGCAGUCGAGUGCCAAACAGCUCUUCCUGGAGCGGGACAGCAGCACGCUGAGCAGAUCCCAGCAGGAUGUUUUGUUGCUUGGCAGACAUUAAUGGCUCAGCCAAGGGCACUCAGGCCUGAACAGCAGGUUUUCAGGGGGUGUGCACAGUUAGGAGAACACUCCUGGCAGCAUGCCUGUAAAAUUGUAGGAACUGUGGGAGCUGGUCCUAGAUCCAAAGCACAGGCCUAUGGGCUGUGCAUGGAAGAUGUGCUUACGCUUCAGCACUGGAACAGGAAUGUAUGAACUGGAAUUCAGUGGAUUUGUGUCCUGCUCUGGAUGAGUUCUUUCCCAUUCUCUGGGAGAUGAGAUCACAUGGCAUCCUGCACACCUAGAUCUUCAUUGCAGAUCUUAAAAAUAGCCUCCCUCAAGGGGGGUCAUGGUCAUGCCAAUGCUUGAAGAAAUUUCUCUUGAUCCCUUCAGUAAUCUGGAAUUAACAUUUCAGAAUUUCAGCAGUACCACUAAGCCUGCGUGUCCAUGUUUGUUGCUGUUUUGCAAUCAGGGAACCUGCUGGGGAUGCAGAUUCCUGACUUGGCCUUUCCCUGCGUGCAGGAUGAUACUGCACUCGCAGACACGGUUGCUCAAAAGGACUAGCUAUCACAGUCCUGCCACAGUGCCAAGGCUGCUUGGACUUUCAGGAUAUGUCGUGGAACCAUCUUUUAUGAACUGAAUGACAUACACUGGUUAUGGUGCAGCUGCAGCCCAGCCCCAUGAAGCUCCAGAGGUGCCAGUCUUCUGAACAGCAUUGAAAUCCUUUGGACUUCCAGGUUAGAGGCAAGGUUGCUGUUGGGACUAGUCCCAUGUGGCUAUGUCCUUGUGGAGAGGGCUUCCCCCUAAUCCACUGGGAGAGGCUGGCUCUGUGCAGCGACUGCCCCAGGGCAGGCAGGCUCUGUUGCUCAAAGCUGCCUCCCUCUGGGCUAAGGCAGAGGAGCAGGACUUGUUUUCCAAGGAGACAUGGAGUGGAGGUGGAAGCUUACAGAUAGGCACCUGAAUGCCUUGGGCAUGGAGAAGGGCAGGAUAGGAACUCCUGCUGAUGUGCUGGGCAGAGGGUGGUUCUGGUGCUUUUCUGUUUAUUUUUUUUAAAUCCAGAAACAAGUAUUGGCAAAACUGACUCUGCAUUAAUGAUUCACCUCCCACAGCUUUCAGCCUUUCAGAGUAAACACUGAUUUUUUAAAUGAUUUUUUUUAACUUGACAGCCAAGCAAGUUUCAAGUGCACUAAUUAUUACUACUGAAGCCUGACAAGGAACUUGUAAGUGUACAAGUCUGUUUCCAGUGUUAUGUGUACAGUAAUACCCCAGGAAUGUGUCUGUGCUCUGAAACAUUACUGACUUUAGUAUUUGCUAAUGUAUUUUUAUAAUGGAAAGUCCUAACUUCUCCAGCAGUUUUCACCAGAUAAGGAAACUGAUUGCCAAGCUGUGCAUUUUUACCUGACACACCUUAUCAAGCUGCAUGAUUAUCUUUGAUGUACAUACUGAACUUAAAAAUAAAUUCCAGUUCAUUGGCUUUUUCCUUG